UAAUUUAAGGGCAAGUACAAUGCUUCUUGAAGUCUCUAUGAGAAUGGGUUCAAAACAUAUAAAUAACAAUGAAGUACAUCAUGUUGCUUCAAGACGUGCCAAUCGUCAACAACAAAGAAUUCUUUUACAGGCAAAAUUUUUUCCUUUAAAAUAAAUAGGAAGAAAAUUUUUUAUUUAUCUCUAGAUUUCUGUUGUUGCCAUAAUCUUUUAUCUUUAUAUGUUCGCUUAUUAUUUACUUUAUCAUGUGCUCAAUGUUUCCAAUAAAUGGGUUGUGUUAUUUAAUUCAUUCUUUUAUUCAACUACACAUAUGAUUAAUCCGGUAAUUUAUUUCUCCCUAAAUAAAGAUAUGAGGGCACAAUUAAUUCGGGCAAUUUCUGAUUUUUUACAUUGGCUUUGUUGUGUGGCUGGGGAUGCAAGAUUACACGCAGCUGGGGCUUCUUCCUUUUAUGGCAGGGUCAAAAGAGGAGGGGGAGAGUCUUCCUCUGGUGGAAGUCCUCUCAGAAAAUCGUCAGUUAAUGAAAUGAAUAGAUAUUUGGUGGCCAGUUAUUGUUCACGUCGUCGUACGUCAAUAGUCCCCCGUGAUUGUUGGAAUCGUUUAAGUGCUUUUAUUUAUCGACAACGGCAACCUUUACAAGAACAACAACAACAAAAAACAAAAAAUAAUAAUUCUAAUAAUACAAUCACUUCUGCUACUACAAUUAUUUUAAAUAAAGAUGGAAAUUUAAAAACAUCUGUUGUUGCAUUAACACCAAAAAUGGCAGAAGAAAUUGGUUUGAGAAAUACAAAACAGAAUAAUUUUGAGGAGAAUAGUGAUACAAUAAUUAGUAGUAGUGGUGGAGGAGGAGGAGAUAAUUUAAAUAAUAAUAAUCGUUUAACACCUUUUAAAGUACAUUUUGUGCCAAAUUAUUUUUAUUGA